CCCUCUCUUGUCCACAAACAAUGACCCAAUGAACCGAACAGACUGUCCUGAGGUGAAGGUCCCCUUUCCCGUCUUCUUCGUCAUCGGAGCGGUCAGCCUGGCUGAGAACCUUCUGGUUGUGGUGGCUGUCAUAGGUAACAGAAACCUCCACUCGCCCAUGUACUGCUUCAUCUGCAGCUUGGCUGCCUUCAACACCAUUGCCAGCCUAACCAAAACCUGGGAGAAUCUGAUGAUGGUUCUAGCUGACGUGGGUCAGCUGGAGAAGAGAGGAACUUCUGAGACCAAGCUGGAUGACGUGAUGGACUCCCUGCUUUGCAUGUCGUUUGUAGGCUCCAUCUUUAGCUUUCUGGCCAUCGCUGUGGACCGCUACAUCACUAUCUUCCAUGCCCUGCGCUACCACAACAUCAUGACCAUGAAGCGAGCUGGAGUCAUCUUAGGAGCCAUCUGGACAUCGGGUGGAGUACUGGCCGUGCUCAUGGUCAAGUUCUUUGACUUCAAGUUCAUCAUGAUCUGCUUUGUUGUCUUCUUCAUCGUGUCCUUGGUAGUCAUCUGCUUCCUGUAUGUCUACAUGUUCAUGCUGGCUCGCAUUCAUGCCAAGAGCAUCGCAGCGCUUCCUGACGGAAGCAGGGGAAGGUCUCGGCGCCAGCAGAGGUGGAGCAGUAACAUGAGAGGGGCUCUGACUCUCACCAUCCUGUUUGGAGCCUUUGUGGUGUGUUGGGCACCAUUUUUCCUCCACCUCAUCAUCAUCACAGUGUGCCCCAUGAACCCAUACUGCGAGUGUUACAGAUCCCUGUUCCAGCUGCACGUGGUGCUGAUGAUGAGCCACGCCCUCAUUGACCCAGCCAUCUACGCCUUUCGCAGCGUCGAGCUCCGACACACCUUCAAGAAGAUGCUGCUUUGUUCAGAAUGCCAGUAGUAUGGCUCUUAG